CAUUUUAAAGUCACACAAAAAAAUUGCCUCAAAAAAAAAUCCAUCACACAAAUUUCAUGUUUGUAUUUUUACUCACGCUUUUAGCUAAUUACAAGUACUUAGUCUAUCAUCAAGAGGGGGUGAAGACUCACACAUACUUAGUAGAAUGGUUAUUGAAGAUGAGCGCGAAUGCAUUUUAUUUGUUGAUUUCUCAUAAAAGGCUGUGCAGUUCCGAAAAUGCAAUUACAAAUCAUCCAACUUUCAGCUUAUUAACAUUGUUUAAGUUUUAUUGAGUUUUAGUGUUUAUUUUUCAUUAAAUUUUGUUAUUUGAAUUAUUUCAAAGGAAAUAUGGAAUUAAAAUUAACGUUGAUCUCACUGUUAGUUAUAUUAUGUAUAAUAAUAUCUGAGACAGAAGCUGGCCGUCAUAGGAAAAUCGUAAUCCAUGUACCAGUGAAAUUAAAGAAGGAAAAGCACACUCAUACAUUAAUUAAGCCACUUCAUGUCCAUCAUAAGCAAACAAUCAUCAAAGAGGAAGUGAAGCCGAUCAUUAGAGAAAUUCAUAAGCCAAUCGAAAUCCAUAAAGAAUAUCAUCAUAAGCCCGUUGAGGUUCACAAGGAAUAUCAUCAUAAGCCAGUUGAGGUUCACAAAGAAAUCCAUCAUAAGCCAGUCGAGAUUCAUAAAGAAGAUCAUCAUGAAUAUGAAAUCAAGAAACCAAAGCCAAUUUAUAAGGAAGAAAUUUCACAUGAACAUCUUCAUCAUCAUUAUAAGCAUGUCCAUCCUGAUAUCUCAUCAGACUCAUCAAUUGAUUUCGGGAAUGAACAUGGUGGCAGUAGCUACUCGUUCCAACAAUCACAUCCAUAAGAAAUAACAAGAAACUUUUUAAGGCACGUUUGGUAGUUUCAUGAGGAAGUGAUCAUUAACAUAAAGAUUGUGACUGCCAAUUACUGCCUGAAAAUGUUUGUGUUGUUCAGGUAUCUA